GAUGUUUUGGAUUUAUUUUUAUUAAUUUUUUGUGCUGUUUUUAUUCAUUUGACGAUUUUAAACUCAAACGUCUAUACAUUCAAUGAAAUUACUAACUUUAUCUUAUUCUCUCUUUACAGCGGUGGGCGUAUGUGGGGCAUGUCCCACUCACUGCCAUCUGGAAUGGACACAGAUUUCACCUCAUCGUAUCCAGGUCCAUCAAUGAAUAGGCGCGGUUAUAACGAUUUUUCAGGCGGCGGCGGCGGUGGCGGCGGUGGCGGAGGUGGUGGUGGUGGCGGCGGCGGCGGUGGUGGCGGCAUGGGUUCCAUGAAUAAUAUGGCGCCCGCCGCCAGCAUGAAUUCUCUGAAUUGCGGCAGCGGCGGCGGCGGCGGUGGUGGCGGUGGCGGUGAUGGUCACGGUGGCGGCUCGAAUGGCACAAAUCUAAUUGUGAACUAUCUGCCGCAAGAUAUGACAGAUCGCGAACUAUAUGCUUUAUUUAGGACAAUCGGUCCUAUAAACACUUGCAGAAUAAUGAGAGAUUAUAAGGUUUCAUAUGCUCGCCCCGGUGGUGAAUCGAUUAAGGAUACUAAUUUGUAUGUAACGAAUCUACCACGUACAAUAACCGACGACCAAUUGGAUACCAUAUUCGGUAAAUAUGGCAUGAUUGUACAAAAGAAUAUACUGAGAGACAAAUUGACGGGCAAACCGCGUGGCGUUGCAUUUAUAAGAUUCAAUAAACGCGAGGAGGCGCAGGAAGCAAUUUCGGCACUGAACAAUGUCAUACCGGAGGGUGCGUCUCAACCGCUCACUGUACGCCUGGCCGAGGAGCAUGGCAAGGCGAAAGCGCAACAUUACAUGUCACAGCUGGGCUUGAUUGGUGGUGGCGGUGGCGGCGGUGGUGGUGGUGGCGGCGGAGGCGGCGGUAUGGGUGGUUCAGAAGGCGGCGGCAUGGGCGGCGGCAUGGGCGGCGGCAUGGGUGGCGGCAUGGGUGGUCCACCACCACCCAUGAAUAUGGGCUACAACAACAUGGUGCACAGAGGUAGACAAAAUAAAUCACGUUUCCAAAAGAUGCAUCCCUAUCACAAUGCACAGAAAUUCAUUUAAAUAAUGAAAAAACUCUUAUUGAUACGAUCGCAGUGAUUGAUGAUGAUCGUUUGCUCGUAGUAUAGACGAUCCUUGAUAAUAAGAUUAAUAAGAUAUGAUGAUUAUGA